UGAUAUUCAUCGGUUUGUUCCCACAUGCCAACUUACUGUUCUGCGUCGUCGCUUGAUACCAAAGUUAUAGCCUCGUCGAUAUGAGGCUGCCGUAGGCCAAAUACAGGUUAGCGGCAGUGGCAAGUUCUUUGACAAUGUUUUAUGUCAGUUUAGUAGUCUUAUCACUUCCAGAGUAUAUGGCGCCAUAGCGAAUCUUACAUUCGAAUGCGAACACCUCCCCUGGAGCACCACCAGCAUCGCUAUACUCGCGCCCAGCCAUGUCCCAGAUCCCCGCAAGGAACAUGAGCAGCCCACCCCCAGAGUCUCCGAUCCAGGACCCUUCAAAUCUAACAGAUUCUGGCGUUAUAGUGGAUGUCCCACAAGAUUCGCGGCCAGAGAGCAGUCAAGAGAACGAAACUAAAACGGAUGCGCGUGGUCCCUUCGAAUCCGAGAGGGCUGAACCUCGGCACUGUUGGAUUUGCCUCCAAGAUGAGGGCGACGACUCCCCAGAGCACUCACAAUGGCGGUCGCCAUGUCCCUGCAAUCUCCAAGCCCACGAAGAGUGCCUGCUAGAAUGGAUAACCGACAUCCAGGCACAGCCAUCUGGGGGAACGAGUCUGAGCAGGAAGGUGUUAUGCCCGCAAUGCAAGUCUGAAAUCAAGGUGGAAAGGCCAAUCGAGCUUAUAGUCGCCGUUACGGACCUUGUUUCCGCCAUCGGACAACAAUUGCUUUUCCCCACUGGGGCAGGCAUGCUGCUUGGAUGCCUAUAUUCUGGGUCUAUGGUGUAUGGGUUCAACGCUAUAGAGCUGGUAUUCGGUGGGGGGGAGGGGCGUCGGAUGCUAUUCGCAGCAAGGGAGACUCCGUCAUUAAUCCGACAGAUCCUUCCAGGCGCUGUCAUAGACUGGUUCUUUACAGUCCUCAGAAUGACGGAUCCGUUCGUACCUACUUCGGGUGGUACCUGGGUCUUUGGAGUUGCACCUUUAAUUGCCCCUGCGCUUCUCCUAUCCCGCACCCACAUCGCGGACCGCACAUUCUCGAUGCUGCCCAUAAUGUACCUUUUAUUCCCUCAAAACCACCAUAUCCCACACUGGCCGCCAUCCCCCGGCCUCGCCCUCGCCACCCUCCCAUACAUACGCUCUGCCUAUAACGAGCUUUACUCCUCCCUUUUUGCGGACCUUGAGAACGGCUGGAACCUCGCUGUUCAGCGUAGACCGCGCGAAGGCGAGACCGCCGAAGACGUCGCUCAUGGACAGCACGCCCGCGCGAACGAGGGCAACAUUCUAGAUUUCGAAGUGGAAAUCAUCAAUGUUGAAGAGGGGCAUGGCGCACUAAACCCACAAGACGUCCCGCCACCACAUAUAAACCUCAACCUGGAUGCUCCUGAAGGGCAGCCGCAGAAUAUAGAAAUACCUCUGCACAACCAACCACAGGCUGAGGAACCACAAGGAGAACCGCAACAGGCUGGAGCUCCACAGGAAGGGCAACCGCCACCACCACUGGCAGGUCAACCUGCGCCGCCUAAUGGGGUCCCAGCAGCAGGUAACGAGCCCUGGGAGUUUAGACAGAACAUAUCCACGGCGCAAGUCGCACGCUCUAUGAUCGGUGCGCUCUUCUUCCCAGCCGUCUCUUCGCUCAUGGGCGACUUGAUUUUCCGCACUGCACCGUCAACCUGGGUCAUGAAGCCGGUGAAGAAAUUUAGCUUACAGCAGCAGCAAGCGACGGGGUUGCUGCAGGAGAAGUGGGGCAGGAGCAUCGUGGGGGGAUGCUUGUUUGUGGUGCUUAAAGAUGCACUGACGCUGUACUGUAAGUGGCGCAAGGCGAAGCAUCAGGGGAAGAGGAAGGUUCUGGAUUAUGAUAGGAGUAGGAAUGGGAAUAAUGGCAAUAAUGGGAAGAGGCAAGCUGCGAGAUAGCGGUAGCGGCGAUUUGCAUGAUGAUUGCAUUAAUGGGAGUUUGGGGUCAUUUCUAGGGAGUUAUAGGGUUGGAUUCAGAAGUGGCAAACCUAUGGGCAUACAUGCGCCUCAAUUAUAAUAUCUCAGGCCCUAGAAGGAUUUUAUACAGAAUACAACAGACAUCACCUGCUAAGAGAAUAUGGGCGAAUGUAAAUAGUACAAGUCUCUAGGCCUUUCAUAUAAUCAAAGGAG